CCACCCCUCCUUCCCCUGCUGUUUCUAAUUUAUACUUAAGCCAAUCAUCGUUGAGAUCUCACAGAUGGUGCGUGGUGAUUGGUCAAAGCUUUUCGAAGGCGGAAUCUUUCAAUAACAGCCAUCGUGCCAGCCGCUGUGUGCAUUUAUGAAGCUAAAGCUAAAGAAGCGGAACUUGGACAUCUACGUCCUUCAAAAUAAAAUAUGCAUCAGUAAAAUUAAGAACGUUUAAACGUCCUUAUGUAAUGUAUUCAGCUUUGUUCAGAACGUAACGUCAUUUACUAAUAUUCUAGAUAGCAUCCAAGUCGUACACAAUUUAAAUUCACAGAUUAUUUUAAAAUCCACCAGUUGAUUACCUUUAUUGUGAAACUUGAACUAGAUUUUGCCUGCUAGGUUUGUGUUGUCAGUCGCGACUCUUACCUUCGCUUGCGCUGGGUAAGAAAAAUGUCGAUUUGAAUGAAUAAUUUCCCCACUUACUGCUUGUCGUUUAACGAUAAAUACUUUGACGCGUGGUCGCCGCAUUUAAGUGAGAUUUUAUUUCGACCACGCUAGCUUGCGGCUAAGGAAGUUAGCCGUCAGCUAAAGCUAGCUCGACGCGUCCGCUUGCCGGAGGCUCUUCUCUGGUUUCGCGCAUUUCGAGUUUGUUCACAGAAUCCUCAACUGUGAAACCGGCUCAACUAAACUCACCCGUCGGGCUGCAGCUUCAGCCCGGGCGGCCAUCGGAGGCGCUAACGGCCCGGUUCCGGCUGUGAGAUGGGGGAGUGAGCCGAGCGAGGCAGCCGGGUUUUCCAGCAACAAGCUGCUGCCCUUUUGUUUUGACAAAGGAAGGGCUGCUCGAUUUCUGUCGUUUGCUUCACUUUCGCCCUGCUUUGGGGGUUGCGGGUCCGCUUCCCGCUGUGCCGCGCGCAGAUGGCUCCACACAAGCAGCAGAGCUCGGCGGGGGGCCACCCGGGGGGGCUCGCCGCUGGAGGAAAAGCCAACGGGUUCUGCCAGCAGUCCUCCGCCGUGACGGCUGCUGCCAGGAAGCCCAGCAUGCAGCUGCUUCAAGCCGACCACGAGCUGUUCCUGCAGGCCUUCGAGAAGCCAACGCAGAUCUAUAGGUUCCUCCGCACCAGGAACCUGAUUGCUCCCAUAUUCUUGCACAGGACGCUCACAUACAUGUCCCACAGGAACUCCCGGAGCAGCACCUGCAGGAAGAGUUCCAGAGUCGACAAUCUGCUUUUCAGCGUGGAAAAGAUGAGAGGAGAGCAGGAGCUUCAGAGCCUGACCUCUAACCUGCAGCUCACCUUCACUGGCUUCUUUCACAAAGCUGGAAAACCGUCUCAGGACAGCGAGAACGAGCAGAACUCGGUGUCUCUGGAGGUUCUGCUCGUCAAAGUUUGCCACAAGAAGAGGAAGGACGUCACCUGUCCAGUGAAGCAGGUUCCCACAGGGAAAAAGCAGGUUCCCCUCAAUCCGGACAGCGGCGCCGCCGUUCAGGUCAAACUGGGUUCCCUCCCCGCCCUGCUGGUUCCCUGCUGUGAGUUCGAGCCCAGCAACUCCCACCUGGUCAAGUCGUACUCCCUGCUCUUCAGAGUGUCCAUGCCGGGGUGUCCGACCAACGGAGACAAUCACCACGGCCGCGACUUCUCAGAGGAUGCGGUCGGCAGGAAGAGGAGGAGCUCCUCUCUGAGGGAGGAGGCAGAAACCACCUUUGUGGCUCAGAUGACGGUUUUUGAUAAGAACAGGCGGCUGCAGCUGCUGGACGGGGAGUACGAGGUCUCCAUGCAGGAGAUGGAGGAGUGUCCCGUCGGCAGGAAGAGGGCCACAUGGGAGACCAUCCUGGACGGGAAGCGUUUGCCGCCGUUUGAGAGUUUCUCUCAGGGCCCCACGCUGCAGUUCCACCUGCGCUGGACCAGCGACGCCGCGGGUCGCUCCACUGCGCCUGUGGCCAAGCCUCUGGCCACCCGCAACUCCGACACCAACCAAGACAGCCGGCCCAGCACGCUGAGAGCAGCGCACGCGCCCGCCGUCAAAGAGUCGCCGAGCGCCGACGUGCACGCCAAGAGGGAGCAGGUCUCCGCUGAGCCCCGGCAGAAGCUGAGGAUCUUUUACCAGUUCCAGUACAACAACAACACGCGGCAGCAGACCGAGGCCCGAGACGACCUGCACUGCCCCUGGUGCACGCUCAACUGCAGGAAGCUCUACAGCCUGCUCAAACACCUCAAGCUGUCGCACUCGCGCUUCGUCUUCAACUACGUGCCCCACCCUAAAGGAGCCAAGGUGGAGGUCUCCAUCAACGAGUGCUACGACGGCUCCUACGCCGGAAACCCCCAGGACGUCCACAACCAGCCGGGCUUCGCCUUCAGCAGGAACGGCCCCGUCAAGAGGACCCCCGUCACCCACGUCCUGGUCUGCAGGCCUAAACGGGUGAAGCCGAGCCUGUCUGAGUUCCUGGAGUCGGAGGACGGCGACCGGGAGCAGCACCAGAGGACGUACAUCAGCGGACACAACCGGCUGUACUUCCACAGCGACAGCUGCGUGCCGCUGCGGCCGCAGGAGAUGGACGAGGACAGCGAGGACGAGCGGGACCCCGACUGGCUCAAGGAGAAGACGAUGAAGCAAAUCGAGGAGUUCACGGACGUCAACGAGGGCGAGAAGGAGAUCAUGAAGCUGUGGAACCUGCACGUCAUGAAGCACGGCUUCAUCGCCGACAACCAGAUGAACAAGGCCUGCCUGCUGUUCGCCGAGCAGCACGCCGCCCUGGUGGUGGAGCGCGGCCUCGGCCGCAACUUCCUGCUGCACCUCAUCAGCAUGCACGACUUCAACCUGAUCGGCACGGCCACCAUCGACCAGGCCGUGGCCAAGCUCCGCCUCCUGCAGAGCCAGGCCGCCCGGGCACACACGGGCGAGGAUGACGAGGAGGAGGAAGAGGAGGACUGGGAGACGGCUGUGGAGUCCCAGCCCGAGCUGGAUCCCGAUCCCGACCUUCUGGGCUUCAAUACCUGCAGCGAUGAAGCCAUCAACGGAUGCUCGGAGCAGGAGGAGGAGGAGGAGGAGGAGGAGGAGGAGGAGGAGGGAGGAAGAGGAGCAGAGACGGAGAGAAAGCAGAAACUCUUUGGUUCGGUUCUGAAGUGAGUCUUGGAUCACAGAACCUCAAAACCAGUGAAAGAGAAAUCGCUCACUGGCAGGUGUGUUUGAGUCUUUCCGGAAUCCCGACGCCUGGAAUGUCGGGAACGCGGUGCUGGUCUUCAUCAUCGUGGUCUUCGUCACCCUGGUCUUCAUCCGUGGACUCUGUGCCAUCAACGACCUCUGCUAUCUUACGGUCACCGAAUCCAACUGUAAAAAGGGGGCGGGACUUGUACAUAUUUCGGGGGGUGGAGGUUUGGGUGGUGCUGCAAACAUGGGUGCUCCUCUGCUCGGGCUUCACCCCAGGAUGCUGCUGCGUCUGAAGUCUUCCUCGCCGAAGCACAGACGGGUGAGCCUCGGCCAGGCUCCGCCCCUCAUCCAGGUGCCUCAUCUAGCAUCUUCAGAUCCACAAACUUUCAGUCUGAGGGAUCGGAGUCCCGGUUCUACCGAAACCAAGAGACUUCAGGUUCGGUUGUUUUUCUUUGAGACGUGAAAACUUUGAAUAUUGGAAAAAAGUUUUGUGGUAGAAAAAUCCUUUGGGCAGAAAGUGCCUUUCACCUCCAGAAAACACCAGCAACACUCCAACCGGAUCACAGAUGGAGCUCGCCACACUUCUCUACCUUCAGGAUAUUUGCUACUUUUGUCCAACGUUUUUGGUUUGGUGCUGAUCUUUGACAUCUCCACACCUGAGAUCCGUAUGUCAGAACUCCAGAGCGUCGCCGGGCUCAGCGGGGCUUCGUAGUGCUCCGCUGAGCCGCAGCUUUGUUCCUCAGACACACUUGAAGGGACCUACUUGGUCCCAGAAGCUCUCUGAAACCUGACUGGAAGGUGGGUCCUUAAACACAACACUGACACGGUAAACUGGACUGAACUGGGUUUAAGGUGCUGGUUGCAGUCUAACCUGGAAGUUGCUUGAAUGUGAGUCAGUAGGAUGCUGCACUGCUCCACGGUUCUCCUCCUUUGGGUCAGCCUGCAGUGGAUCUGAGGAGCAGCAGAUCUUCAUCAUCAUCAUCAUUCAGAAACGACCCUGAAACCAAAUGGGAGAGAUUUGUAGAUGUUCUGAGUCUCGUUGUCUGUUCUCUCCAGUUUAAGAUGGAAGAAUUUGGAGUUUGGUGCUGCAUGUGGGGGGCGGCGACGGGCCGCUCUCACACAACCUCGUCUUCUAUUGUUUUGCACGCAAAGGGAGGAGCCAUGGCAGGAGGGCGGGGCUUCAGCAGAGAUUCAAAACCAGAGGAACUGUGUUGGUCGUCAUGUCAGGUUUCCGUUAAAAGCCAAUGUCACAUUUUCUGGGCAUUUUCUUUCCAGUCCAGAACCUCUCGGUGCUUUGUGGGUCCAAGUUUUUUCCAUUCAUUUCUUAGAAAAUAUGUAAUUUAAAAUGUUUGGUGUGAUUAAAAGUAUUUUUUUCUGAUUCCAAAUGCUGAUUCUUAAACUCUCCCCAUAGUUUGUGCCUAAAAAACAAAUCGUGAUGCGUUUGCUGUACCUCUGACGGUGGGAUUUUGGACUGAGGGACUGAAACUUCCAUAAAGCUGCCUGGUUUACACAACUCGUCACGUCGGUGUGUUGUUUUUUAUGAAGGCAGUUUAACUGCUGGGGCAGCUCUGAUUUUCAGUUGCUGUUAAAAAAAAAACAGUUUCAGUGAGGAAAGGGUUCAUAUUACUUUGGUCUGUGUUUGUCGUCUCUGGAGCUGAAGCUCUGUCCACAUUUAACCUUUAAACAAGUUUUUCCCUUUUUUUCCUCAUUAAAGUUGAUCCAAAUUAUUUUCAGCUCCGAAAUGUAUAUAAAAAAUGCAUUAACCCUUG